GUUGAAACAAGUUAUAAAAUCCAGAAUUUCAUAUUGAUUUUCCAAAGUGCACCAUGAGUUUCUAGGAAAGCAACCAAAAAAGCUUUCCAACACAAAGGGACAAUACAAACUACACAUUGACCAAUUCAUCUUUUACAAGCAAAGGGGGUCAGGCAACUCAACAAUAUAGUCUUGAGACCUUUUACCAGGAAGUUUACUACAUGAUUGAAAGUUAAACAUGUAGUGCAAAAUACUAUUCCUUACUUGACUUGAAAUCUUUAGCAUAGAUAGGAAUCGAACUGUCUCAUGAAGCCUUUUUACUUCAAAAUGUCUUCAAAAAGCCUAUUUUCCUUCCUCUUUCUACUAGUCCUUCCAUUUUCGAGUUCGUCGGAUACAGCAGGUUGGAUAAAAUCUGGUUUCUGGUAUGCUGGCAGUGAUCUUGCAGUACCUGAAAUACCUUCUACUAUGUUCACACAUCUUCAUUUUGCCUUUGCAUAUAUCAACGCUUCGAGUUUCGAGCUUUACAUAUCUUACUCAGAUGAACCAUAUAUUUCAACCUUCUCAGAAACUGUGAAGAAAACUAAUCCCUCAGUUAUCACUCUUCUAUCCAUAUGGGGAGGAAGGGAUAAAUCACCUGACUUUUUCGCGAUGACUAGCCAGUUUUCGCGUAGGAAAUCUUUCAUCACAACGUCAAUAAGAACUGCUCGACAAUAUGGAUUUCAAGGGCUGGAGCUUAAUGGUGUCAACCCAAAUACA